AAUUAGGGUUGGAGAGAACCUACAGGGUGGUAGCUCUCCAGGAACAGGAUUGAGCAGCCCUGCCUUAACACAACCUUUUAAUCACACUUGUAUAGCUUGUUUUUCACAAAGGGGUGUGGGUGAAGGAAUUGUCUCCACCCAUUUUGCCUCAGUUUUGCUCCCACCGUAUUCUGUAGGUGAGCAACUUAUCUCUUUGUGGGAGAGAGCAUGAAAAGGAGAGAGAGGAAGCCAGAACAAAGGCAGAGUAAGCGAUAGACAUACAGACAACAAGAGCUCUGUGGAGGGAAAAGGGAAAGAGCAAGAAAUUAACAGGUGGUUCAUGAUUUGACUGUGGCAGCUGUUGAAGAAAAACUGUGAGGGGACUGAGGAACUGGGCUGUGCUCAGAGUGAAUACAGGUCAAACAAGUUUCUCCCCAAGCUACCUGUCUCGCUCUCAUAUAUUAAACCCACAACUACUAGGCAGGAAAAGGAAGCGCAAAACAGGUCUGCAGAAGAGAAGCUUUUGGGUUGUUUCAAAGUUUAAUCUCUAAAAGGAAUUUAAAGAUGCCCAGAGAGGAGCCACCCUAUUAUGGAAAGAAUGGUGAACCAAGAAAGUAUGACCCCUCUUUUAAAGGCCCCAUCUAUAACAGGGGCUGCACUGACAUUAUAUGUUGCAUCCUCUUCAUUAUAUGCAUAUUGGGCUAUGUUGCCGUGGGAAUUCUUGCCUGGUCUCAAGGAGAUCCCAGAAAGGUGAUAUACCCGACCGACAGCAGAGGACAGUUCUGUGGCCAGACAGGCACUCCUCUGGAGACGAAGCCUCUGCUGUUCUACUUCAAUAUCAUGAAGUGUGCCAGUCCCAUGGUGCUGCUGGAGUUCCAGUGCCCGACCACGCAGAUCUGUGUGGAGAAGUGCCCCGAUAAGUUCAUGACGCUCCUCAAAGCCCACACCAAUAAAGAGGACUUCAAAUAUUAUAAGAACUUCUGCAAGGAUGGACUGAAUGACCAAAUGAGUGCCCCAGACAUUUUGAUGUCUCGCCUGUGUCCUGCCAUGCUGAUACCGAGUAAACCCUUCACCCGCAGGUGCUUCCCUGCCCUGGGCCUGAAAGGAGGGAAGAUCACCGUGGGCAACGAGUCAACGUUCAACGAUGGUCAGGGGAAUAUAAGAAAUGCUGAAGACCUGGUGGCGGGUGUCAAAAAUGCCACCGUGGUCAUUGAGGCUCGUCAAGUGGCCAUGAAGAUCUUUGAGGAUUACACCCACUCCUGGUACUGGAUCCUGCUAGGAUUGGUGAUUGCCUUGCUCAUCAGUCUUCUCUUCAUCGUCCUCCUGCGCUAUCUGGCUGGGAUCAUGGUAUGGGUCAUGAUCGUCAUGGUGAUUCUGGUCAUUGGAUAUGGUAUCUUCCACUGCUCCAUGGAGUAUGUGAGCCUGAAGUCAGAGCCUGGUUCCAAUGUCACUCUAAAAGACCUGGGCUUCCAGACAGACUUCACUGUGUACCUACAUAUCAGGCAGACCUGGCUGGCCUUCAUUAUAAUUCUGUCCAUUGUGGAGUUAAUCAUUAUUCUGCUGCUCAUCUUCCUGAGGAAUAGGCUGCUCGUUGCCAUCGCCCUCAUCAAGGAGGCCAGCAGGGCCAUUGGCUAUGUGAUGUCAGCCCUGUUUUACCCUUUGUUCACCUUUGCCCUCCUGGCCAUGGUCAUAGCCUACUGGGCUGUUACUGCUGUGUUCCUUUCCACCUCCAAUCAGCCCAUUUAUAAGGUCUUCAACGAGACGGCUUGUGAAUACUCCAGGAAUACCUGCGCGCCUGCUAACUACAGCACCUCCAUUAUGAAAUCUCAGUGUCCAGAUUCUCAGUGUUUGUUCGCCUUUUACGGUGGCGAGACGGCCUACCACAAGUACCUGAUCGGCCUGCAGUUCUACAACGUCUUCCUGUUCUUUUGGUGUGCUAACUUUGUGACGGCGCUGGGUCAGAUGACGCUGGCCGGGGCCUUUGCCUCUUACUACUGGGCCUUUGUCAAGCCAGGCGACAUGCCUGCCUUCCCCAUAUUUGCAUCCUUGGGCAGAUCACUCAGGUAUCAUACAGGAUCCCUGGCUUUUGGCUCUCUCAUCCUUUCCAUUGUCCAGAUUAUCAGGGUUCUUCUGGAGUACAUUGACCACAAACUCCAAGGAACCCAGAAUAAAAUCACCAAGUUCCUGCUGUGUUGUCUGAAGUGCUGCUUCUGGUGCGUUGAGAAAUUCAUCAAGUUCCUUAACCGAAAUGCCUACAUAAUGGUGGCGAUAUAUGGCAAGAACUUCUGCACAUCUGCCAGAGAUGCCUUCUUCCUUCUCAUGAGGAAUAUGAUCAGGGUAGCCGUCCUGGACAAGGUGACGGAUUUCCUGUUGUUCCUGGGCAAACUUCUCAUUGUGGGGAUUGUGGGGAUCUUUGCGUUCUUCUUUUUCUCUGGGAAGGUGAAAGCCUUUGAGAACACAGCCCCCACCCUCAACUACUACUGGGUCCCCAUACUGACAGUGAUGGUUUGUUCUUACCUGAUUGCGCACGGCUUCUUCAGCGUGUACGCCAUGUGUGUGGACACACUCUUCCUCUGCUUCUGCGAGGACCUGGAACGAAACGACGGCUCCGCGGCUAGGCCAUAUUACAUGUCGGCUUCGCUUCAUGACGUUCUGUUUGAGAACAAGGCUGUGGGGGAGACGGAGUCAAACAAGUCGUUACAGCAUCAGCCAGAAGACCAAGAGAUCCAGAUGAAACGCCAGCAGUUUCCGAGGCAGGAGAAAGAUGAGGACGUUUAGGGGUUAGAGUAGAAGCGAAGAGGCCGUUGACCAGUCUCCCCUACCCCGCAGAUCAAUGUUGUAGAAAUAAUAAUGCAUUGGACCAAUAAUGUUCAUUGGUUCGGGGCCUGAAUAUGGACAGCUGUGUCAACUGCUUGACCCAUUUCCCUACCUGCUCCUAAAGAAACAUUUAGUGUUUCUUAUUGUGAUAUUGUGCUCUUAAUGACUGGCGUAUGUAAAUAAUGGUUUUGUUGACUUGGAAAAAGACAACUAGAUAUGAACGUUUACAAGCAAUGCUAGGGAUUUCAAUUAUGCUUUUUAUGAAUGUGAAUGUUGAGUUUCUCCUCGAAGGAAAACUGAAUUAUGGAGGCUUUCUCUGUUGGCCGUCUUCACUGUGUUCCUAUUGUACCACUGCCACUGGCCAUAGGAAACUUGAAGCCAAUAAUGUGCCUACUAUACUGUCUGUUUUGUCAUGUGCAUAUAACUGUCUACCGAUAUAGUUUACAGUUGAACCACUCCACCAUAUGGUGCUCUUCAGUGUAACCAUAGUCAGUAUUACAACUAGCAAUGCACACUUGAUUUAGAAUUUCCAAUGAACUAAAGCCAUAUUAUUCUAAUUAUAUGGACACUAUAUACCCAGAAGUAUGUGGACAUCCCUACCAAUUAAUGAGUUGCCAAUUGCUCGCAGGUGCAUAAGAUCCAGCACAUAGCCAUGAAAUCUCCAUAGACAAACACUGGCGGUACAACGGGUAGGAUUGAAGAGCUUAGUGAUAUUAAAUGUGGUACUGUCAUAGGAUGCCACCUUUGCCACAAGCCAACUGGAAGUCCUGUAAUUGUGAGGUGGAAGCGUCUAGGAACCAGGACAGCCCAGCCACGAAGUGGUAGACCACGCAAACUCAGAGAAGGGUCACCAAGUACUGAGACACGUAGUGCGUAAAAAUCGCUUAGCUUUUGCAUCGAACACCACUUAGUGCCAAACUACCUCUUGAAGCAACAUCCGCAUGAGAACUGUGCUUCGUGAGCUUCACUGAAUGGGUUUCCAUGGCCAUGCAGCUGUACGCAACCCCUCACAUCAACAUGCCUAAUGCCAAGCGUAGGCUGGAGUGGUGUAAAUGUUGGACCGUUCGGUGCUUCGUACUUUGUUGGUUCACCCCCCCCCCCAAACGGUUGCCACAGUUUGGGGAAGACCCAUUCCUGUUCCAGCAUGACUGUGGCCCUGUGCUCAAAGUGGGGUCCAUAAAGACAUGGUUUGACAAGGUUGGUGUGGGGGAACUCAAGUGGCCAGCACGGAGCCCUGCCCUCCUUUGGGAUGAUUUGGAGUGGUGAUUGCCAAGCCAGGCCUUCUCAUCCAACAUCAGUGCCUGACCCCACAAAUGCUUUUAAUUUUUUUUGGCUGAAUGGACACUCCAGAGACACUCCUAAAUAUUGGAAAGCCUUCCCAGAAGAGUUGAGGCUGUUAGAACUGCAAAGGGAAGGCCAACUCCAUAUUCCUGCCCAUGGUCUUGGACGGGAUGUCAGAAGAACCUCAUAUAGGUGUGAUGUUUGGGUGUCCACAUACCUUUGGUCAUAUGGUGUGUAUAUAUUAAUAGCCAUGGCUAUAACGAUCUCCUCACGCACAGAAGCGUAUUUCUUAGUGUAACUUCUGAGUGAUGUUUUUCCUUCUGUAAAGCGGUGCAGUCAAACACCACCUUGCCUUGAAAUGUCUCAGCAAGAUCUGUUAGUUGCCCUUCUGGAAGACAGACUCCUGGACUGUAUGGGCAUAGACUCUCCAUUUCUUGUGCUGUAUGUCGGUAGUAAAUCUGCUCUUGAUUAAAUCUACCUGUUUCUUUAAUGUUCAUCUUUCUCUCAUUUUCUAUCUGCAUUAUAUUGGUGUUGAUGGGAAACAAACUAAGGUAACUUUUCUGCCAAUUUGGGUUAGACUUAGGCAGAUAUUUACAGACAUCAGAUUUUUAAAAUUAUUUUGUUGUUUUGCAAUUUGCAUCUGUCCCUGCUUUUAAAUUUAACACUAACAGUGUUUACAUUUUUACUAUUAUAAAUGAGUUCAUAUU